UCAUGGUUUGCUACGAAAAAAGAAGCCUUCGGCUUGUCGGAGUAUUAUUUCCUAAAUAACUAAAUUAUUUAGAUUCGAAACGUCGGUUUUAUGUGUAAAAAUUAAGUUUAACAUAGUGUGGAGUGGUUUAAAAAUAAGAAUUGCGAUACUAAGGCCUUGAAAACGUGUUGAAGACUGUCCCAGAAUAAGUGAAAUGGAUUUGAAGGUCUCGUAAAAUUUUUGACUAGCCACACAUACAUGGGACAAAGUGGUUUGUGCAGUUGUUGUGUACAGGCGUACAAAGAUAUCGGACUUGAAUCGAAGUGUUCUCAGGAGACGACCAAGCGUAGGGAACAUUUUUCGGUGAAAAUGUAACUCCGGCAGACGCAAAUCAUAUCUCCGGGCAUCCUUGAAUGGAAGCGACUAUAAAAAAGGAACCGGCCGAUGAUCCGGUUCCAACGAUGUGAACACUUCGGUCACACGUUGUUGCGACCCGGCGUCGCAAAACCGAGACCCUAUUCAAAUAGAGAUAAAUCUAAAUCACAAGACUGUUGGAAGACAACGAAACCUCCCUUUCGCACUCCUAGUAUAGUAGAAGUUAACUUUAAAGUUAAAGUUUUCGGAAAAAACGAAAUAAAAAAACGCGCGUAAAUGAAACCCAGUGGAGUACCAUAACCGUACUUUAAGCUCCACCCACACAUAAAUGGACUCCUCGCAGGGCAAUUUAGCGCCCGGCCAAGAGAUUCGUGUCGUCAGUGCCUCGGUAGUGGCCCAACUCCAGGCUCAAGGAUUGCAGGGCAAUGAACUCAAUGCAGCUAUCAUGGCUGCAUCGCAGCCGCAAACCGCUGCACAGCAAGCUGUACAGCAGCAACAAAUACAGCAACAACAGCAGCUUCAACAGCAGCAACUUCAGCAGCAGCAACUGCAGCAACAGCAGCAGCAACAACAGCAGCAGCAACAGCAACAGCAGCAACAACAUCAACAACAGCAGCAAACACAGCAACAACAACAUCAGCAGCAGCUGCAGCAACAACACGCGCAGAACCAAUCUCAGCAAAACAUGGCACAAGCGGUGCAGCAACAGCAGCAGCAGCAGCAACAACAACAACAAGCAGCAACGCAACAAGCACAGCUGCAGCAACAGGUUCAACAGCUUGCUCAGCUGUCGCAAGCUCAGCAGCAAGCAAAUCACCAACCACAAGUCAUCACACUUCAGCAGCUACAGAAUUUCCUACCCCAGCAUCAGCUGAAUACCAUCACAACUGCCGAUGGAACGCCCGUUCAGGUCGCAGUAUCCUCGGCAACAACCACACCAGUUGGAACCCCAGUUAAAACAUUCGUUACAUCUCCUCAAGUGCAGCAGCCGCAGAUACUGAACCUCCAAGGGAUACCACAGCAGAUACUACCGGGAGGACAAAUCAUUCAGAAUCCCAACGGACUUUUUCAAAUGAUUCAACCAGUGCAGACGGUUAACGUAGAUGGGCAGGACACCCUGUUUGUACCGGGUGGAAUACAGGGUAAUCCACUGGCCGGUGCCCAGGCGGUGCAGAUCAAUGGUCAACAAGCUUUCCUAACACCUUCCGGCCAAUUGAUCCGAGCCCCGAAUGGUGUAGUUCCUAACUUUCUCCAGAAUAUGACUCAGGCUGUUCAGCUACCGAAUGCUGGUCAGGCUACGCUUACUAUCCCGGGAACUAAUAUAACAAUCCCCUUGGGUACGGCAAACACCGCAGCUAAUGUUCUAGCUCAACAGCAACAACAACAGCAGCAGCAACAGCAGCAACAAGCUGCAGUUGUGGCUGCUGCUACCGGUCAACAGCAAGCACAGGCCCAACAGCAAACGCAACAGCAACAGCAGCAGCAACAACAUCAAGCUCAACAGCAACACCAAGCUGUAGCCACGACUGCCCAGCAGAUUCAGCAAGUUCAACCACAGGCAACGAUAACCAUUCCUGGAACCAAUAUCCAGGUACCGGCCUCGGCAUUAACAACGCAAAACAUUUUGCCUAACAAUAUCACAACCAUUAAACUGGAAGGAGGUCAAAAUGUGCAAGUCCGACCGGCAGCUGCGAUACCUCAGGUUGUUCAAUUCCCGAUGCAACAGACCGUUCCGGUACAGGUUCCGAUAUCGACCGGCAACGGGCAAACAGUUUAUCAAACCGUCCACGUGCCAAUCCAAGCUAUCGGUUCUGCCUUCGUUCAACCGCAGAUGCAGGUGAUCCCGCAGAUUCCUCAGGUGGCAAACAUCAUCACUCCUUCGGGGCAGAUUCAGCAAGUUCAGCUCACGUCGAUUAACCCGCUAGCCGGACUGCAGGCAGCCGCGGCUCCUCAGAACAUCAUUCUCCAGCAGCAACCCAACCUGACCCAAACAGCCGCCUCGGCAGCUGUCAAUGCGUCCAAUCCGCUAGUGACAUCCUUGCACGGAGGAUCCGUACAACCGGGUGUUGCUACAACGCAAGAUAACGGUCAGCAAUCGCAGUCUCAAACACAGGCCCAGCCGCAACCCAUUACGAUAGCUGGACCGCAGGUGGGGCAGCAGAUCACGGUGAUACCUUCCAACACGCUGCCACAGCUUCGACAGAAUGCAACCAACAUCAUCCAGGUGCCGAACAUACCCGGCCUCCAGGCGAUCCCGGUACAGAACAUUCCGGGCAUCGGCAACGUUCAAGUGAUCCCUUCAAAUUUCAUGCAACCGGUUCAACCGCAAACAGCGGCGUCGCAGCCUCAGUUGAACCCGGUCAAUCAAACAGGGCAAACUAUGUCCCUUCAGCAGGCAGCGGCGCAUCAAUUAUCAAAUAUAAAGCCGGAUCCAAGCGACCCCGGUAAGGGUUGGUUCAUCAAGCAGGAAGUUAUGCCAAUUCAACCGGUAGUGUCGGUCGCAGGAACCGGCUCUGGUGCUGGUAACGGAGUCACAGGUGGCAGUGGCACCGGUACCAGCAUGCCCACGCACAUACAACCUUCCCCAGCCGGGAGUAGUUCCUUACCCAUCCAACCGAGUCCGGCGCUCGUAAAUGUGGGCCCAGCGAUCCAUCAGAUCAAAGGAGAAAUCCUUCAUUCGCCGACGACCACACAAACCUCGGUCAACGUAAACAUAAGCCUAUCGGGGGACGGAGGAGGAGGCGGGGGCGGUGGUCACGGAGCUCCCCGAUCGGCCGGUGGCGAUCGUAAUUCGGAGGUCGGUGCAGGUGAACCUCAGAAGCCUCGCGUUCGGCGGGUCGCCUGUACCUGUCCCAACUGUGAAACCAAGGGCGAGGGACCUCCGAACAGCAAGAAGCAACAUAUCUGUCACGUGAGCGGCUGCAACAAGGUCUACGGCAAGACGUCCCAUCUGAGGGCGCAUCUCCGGUGGCACACAGGUGGGUGAAUUUUUUUAAGGGUU